AGCGCGGCCCCUUGGCCCGCGGCCCGUUGGCUCGGCGCCCGCCCGGCGGGUCCCGCCCAGGCAGGGAUGCUGGGAGCUCCCUCCCGCAGGCCCCUCUCUCCCGCGCCUAGUCCUCCUGCGCAGCGGCUCACGGUGCGCGCGUUUCCCUCCUGCCCGCUGGGUGCAGCCAUGGCCUCCUCCUCCGCGCGGCCCGCCGUCCUGGCCAUGACCGCGCUGGCGCUGCUCCUGCUGCUGUGCCUGGGCCCAGGUGGCAUAAGUGGAAAUAAACUCAAGCUGAUGCUUCAAAAACGGGAAGGUGGGGAAUUCAUCAUUUCAGCACCUGCUCCAACCAAGACUCCAGUGGCUGUGGAUGAGAGCAAAGCCAAAGAAUUCUUGCGCAGCCUGAAGCGCCAGCGGCGGCAGCUGUGGGACCGGAGCCGGCCGGAGGUGCAGCAGUGGUACCAGCAGUUUCUCUACAUGGGCUUCGACGAGGCGAAAUUUGAGGAUGACAUCACUUAUUGGCUGAACAGAGAUCGGAAUGGACAUGACUACGACGAUUACCACCAGCGUCACUAUGAUGAGGAUGCUGCAAUCGGUCCCCGGAGCCCCGACAGCUUCAGGCACGGGGCCAGCGUCAACUACGACGACUAUUAGCUGCCUGGCCGCCCGGCCCAGGGCCCAGAGGCCGGGCGAGCCUCUUUGCGGCCAUGCCCCGUUUGGUUUCUGCUGCGCUUUAUUUCAGCAGUUCUUUUCUACCCGCUUUCUGUGACCAGAAAGGAAGUUAAAACAAAGGAUAAAUGCCUUUUGAUAUUUCAUGCGAGUGCCUUACACUGCAUUUCAUUUAAGAAUAGAAAUAAAAGCAUUUUGUUAAAAAGAAAA